CAGCCCACAUCUGCGCUGACCUGGACUCUGAGAUAGUGGUGAGAUGCUAAAAGAGUUCGACUUGUCAGAAAGUCUACCACAACACAUAGGCACUCUCCUGCUUCAGCUGUUUAUUCGCUAUGGCGGUUACUCCUAUCGCGCUCUCAAGCAUUGCGGGACUGAUUAUUUUGGGCGUCUUUUACAUCUAUAAGAGAUUCUUUACACUGAGGAAUAAUAGUGGUUUACCUUUGCCCCCGGGACCACCCGCUGAGCCAUUCUUUGGUCAUUUUAGGAGCGUGCCCUUGGUCAAUCCCGAAUUCUCGUAUAUCGAAUGGGGGAAAGAAUACUCAUCCGAUGUCCUCUAUUUCAAUAUUCUUGGGCGGCCGGUAGUUGUGCUCAACAGCGUCAAGGCUGCUGUCGACCUCCUUAGCAAAAAGGGGUCAAACUACCAAGACCGGCCUCGUUUUGUGCUUUUCGAGGUCAUGGGCUGGGGCAUGACGCUCACCUUUCUCCGUUCAGGCCCGAAAUUCCAACUUCAUCGCAAGAUUAUCCAAAGCAACUUCACCAAAUCCGCCAUAGUGCAAUACCGGACCCUUCAAGAACGCGAGGCCCGCAUCGCGGUCCAUAGCAUCAUGCAAGAUCCAACAAACUGGGAGGCAAGCACGCGGCGCUUCAGCUCCGCUAUUGUCCUCUCUAUCGGCUUCGGCAUUACUAUCGACUCUAAUGAUCACCCAUACCUAAAACUUACCGAAGAUGCCAACUUUGCGACGACCAACGGGGGUUCACCCGCUUCGACUAUUGUCGACUAUUUCCCGAUCUUCAAGUACGCCCCGAACUGGCUCGCUCGCUCCAGGCCCUUAAAGCACGCUCGCGAUUGGAAACAUGCGAUCCUGAACCUCCAUGAGAUCCCCUUUGCGAAUCUCCAGAAGGAGAUAAAGGAGGGUAUCGCCCAGAAUUGUAUCGCACAAACUCUACUGGAGGAGUCUGCCGCCCGUGAAGAGAAGGGAGAGGUGAAUAAUUUGUCGACUGAGGACAUUAAGGGUGCGUGUGGGGCGAUUUUCAUUGCGGGUGCGAAUACGACGUGGUCGACGAUUAUCAUCUGCAUAUUAAACCUCCUGAUGAACCCAGUGGUACUGAAGAAAGCCCAGGCGGAGAUUGACGCUGUGGUAGGCAGUAAUCGCUUGCCAAAUUUUGAGGAUCGGGAGAGAUUGCGAUAUAUUGACUUCAUAGUGCAGGAGGCAUUUAGGUGGGCACCACUCAGUCCCCUAGGCGUUCCCCACAGAAGUAUUGAGGAUGACACGUAUAAUGGAAUGUUCAUCCCUGCUGGUACAACUAUCUAUGCGAAUGCGCGAGCGAUGUGCUACGAUGAGACGAUGUACAAGAACCCUUCAAAGUUCAACCCGGACAGAUUCACGCCUAGAGAGGAAGGUGGUGAAGGCGAGCCGUUUGCGCAGGGACCGUUUGGGUUUGGCAGGAGAAUUUGUCCUGGCAGUCAUUUAGCGGCAGCGAGUGUGUGGAUGAUCCUGACUACUAUUCUGCGCACCAUGGAUAUCCUGCCCGCCGUCGAUAAGGAUGGGAAGGAAAUAUAUCCAGUGCCAGCGCUGAGUAAUGGGUUGAGUAGUCAUCCGGAGCAUUUCGAGGUGCAGUUAAAGCCACGGAGUAAGCAGGCGGAAGAGUUGCUUGCGAACUGGAUUUGAGCAGGGUGGCUUUUGAAGUUGAUAGAAAGUUUGUUGUGCAAAAUAGCAUUUCAUGAUGUUCAAAUAUAACGCGUGGAUCAUACAUAGCAAACCAAACUUAG